AUUCAAUCAACAUGCUAAAUAAUUGCUAGUUAUUCUUCUACAAGUCUACAUCAUGUCGAAUGAGAAUGAUACUCAGCUGAGGGACGCCGUGACGGAGGAGUUUACCGCGGCUGGCUAUAGCCCCGACCACAUAGAAUUCAUUCACGCCCGUCAAGAAGAACUGAAACGCGGGCCCGAGGAGACGCAUACGUGGAUUCGAGUCCAUCGAAAGGACCUGCUGCAAGAUACAUUGGUAGCAUAUGGGCUCCCGUGGGACUGGGACGAGGUAGCAACCCGUGCGAUAAGGAUAAACACACUGGGCUUACAUUGCUUAGGAGGACGGGAACUAUCUGAUCAUUAAGGAAUGGAUUGGCGAGGAUUUUCGUGAAAAGCUGUUCGACCAUACCAAGCGCCUACGGGACAGGAAACUCGUGGAAAUCCGAAACACGAUGAAGGAUGUGAAGGAGUAUGACCGAAUGAUGGACAACGUUUAUUACAAGAGGGACCGAGAACCAAGGGGGGGAAGACGCCGGUUGUAUGUAAGAUAGUCUUCCUAUAAUCCCUUAUAUUCUACAUUGAUGUGCCGUCCUCGUAUAAAAUCUCUCUUGCCCCACCUCCGCGCGACGUGGCACCAGUUGAAUAUCGCGUAAGCAACCAAGCGCCCUAAGCACCAUCUUUUCUUAACCAUCUUUACUCUGGAAUUUGGAAAUAGAAGGAGGUUUGAUACUGUGACGACUGCAUGUCACCGGGUUCUAAAAGCGCAGAUGGCGGCAAAAUCUGCGAUUAUGCGCGGUGUUUGGAAUCGCGUUAGUCGCACUACAGGAUUGAAGGACGAUUUUGUCCUUCCCAGAGACAAUGCGCCGCAAAAGACACAUAUCGCAGCAGUGCACCAGACUUUCUUCUCGAUUGAAGCUACGGCCCAAGACCGCCCCGAGCCUGAUGGCGAGGAGCGCGUCCUUCUAGGAACCAAAAACAUAGGUUCCACGGGCGAAACCCAGGAGGCUGGGCUUAUGCAAUGGAUGCAUAUCUCCCAUGAAGGGGUCGAGUUCGAGGCUUUCCUGAGAAGGGCAUUAGAGGCAGUCAGGGCUGGGAAGCAAGAAGAGGAAGCUGUGGUUUCACACUUCCUGAAUCGUAUUUUGCCUUUUGUAGAAAAGCCCUCCUUUCAGGGCAAGCGCUUCUUAUCGAGUCACUCUUCAACAACCAUACAACUACCAGGGGAUUCAACAAAAGCCAAGGUCAACUUCAUUACAGUUCCUUACUUCUUGCUUGGAACGCCGUUCCAAAGACCCAAAGCGCAUACUUCUAAAGUUCACUGGGUUCAGCCCUUGGUACAGUCUGCGUAUCAUCUAGAUUCGUCUAUGUCUCGAGAGAAUCAACAGGCAAUUCGGCGUUUGCACAGCGACAUAACUGAAUUUCUCCAUGUCCCGCAGCUUUGGAUUCUGACGAUUGGUGACAAGUUUAUCGCAACAUGCUCACCUACUCCCCUGUUCGGUGAUCAGCGAUCAUGUAUUACUACCUGCGCACUUGGAAGGGACCAGUUUCCUCCCACAAUCCGUGUCACAAUGAGUCCCGGCUUUGUCUUUUGUCUCAAGCGUGACGAAUGUACUGUGUGGUUUGAGUUCUUAUAUCGAGUAUAUUGUGUCGUGGAAGCAUGUGUGGGUAUUCGCGUCGACUACAGACGCUACAUGUACACACUCCAGAAAGAUGGCAGGAUGAUUGAUGGGCGUCAAUGGCCUUUAAUCUUACAGUCCCACAAUUACAGAGAGCCACUUUGUGUGCUAAUGUCUCAUCGUGUACCUCCUUCCUCUGAAGGUCUACCUGCGACCAUCCCGCUCGAAGGGAAAUAUGAAUGGGACUCACCCAAGGAUGACCCCUCAAAAUACCUCAGGGCUGAUACAGAGAUACUUGAUCAGAAGACAUUGGAUGAGUACAGACUCCCUUACUAUUGGGAUGCACCAGAGCGUGGGGCACGCAAGACUCUCGUUGUAGCACAAGAGCUUACCGAGCUUGACCAAAAGAUCAUCUAUGAUCACACUAGGCGGCUCCGCGCAAUGGACGACUUUUCUCCGUUGCUUGAUCGAGCCAUGGACAUCGAGGAUCCAUACUAUACGCCGCCGGUAUUCGUCUUCGACGCAGCGAAGUCUCACGCAGAGACAAAGAAUGUCAACCCGGAAAUUAACCCAGAGACUACUUCACACCAGUCUAUGAAUGGUGGUGUCCAAGACACAUCGGCAGUCUUAACAGAAAAGGAAAAGCGUCCAUUCUUCAAGUGGCCUGUCAAGAAAGAUGUUCAUGAUAUGGAACCGCUCAUAGACGGGGCCGACCCAAUAUCAUCACGCGCAUACAAAGCUACGACGCCGAGACUUAACCGACGUGAAUCGGCCUCUGGGCAUGACCCAACGCCAACACAGUGGCUGAAAGCUCUAAUGGCCCAUAUGCACUAUGAGAUUCUCUUUAAUGUUGACUUUCAUUCUGCAAAGAAGUACAACGACCUCCCUCUCAAGACAAUAUCAGAUGUAGAAGGAGAGCUCGGUAGCUUAUAUAAUCAUCACCAAAGUAACCGCCAUAUGCUUGCUCUCGCCAGGUCAUUUUUGCGUCGUCUGAGUCGCGUUCUGGAGUCUUUCAUUGGACAAGAUUACGACUGUAUUGUCAAAGGAAAGGUUUGGGCGGCGAUGCAUGUCUUGAUACAGACAUUUCAACCGCGUUUCCUAGAUGCUCUGUUCAGCUUUCACUGUGACAUAUUUUCAAUCCAGCUUCGCAAAAUCCAAGACAAGAUUCAGGGAUUGCGUGACGGUCUAUCUGGUACCAAUAGUCUCUAUAUUCCACGUUCUAUGACCAAGGCAUUCAUCGAGAUAGUGUUGCUUCUCGUUGAUGCAUCGGACGAGGCCACCAAACUCAUGCAAGCGGCUGAAAGCAACCCGCAUCACAACGAUGCGAAUGAUGAUAAGUCAUCGGAGACUCAUACUAGGGCAGGCGAAGAAUAUUGGGGUGGAAAAACCUCAGCCCGGUCCCGAGAAAGGAUGGAUGAAUCGUCGAGGUCACCCAGCAUAGGUCGUGGUCGGGCAAGUAGUGUCAACAGGCCUGAAGAGAGAUACAGUUCGGAUUCACGUUCAUCUGAGUUCAGAGGCCGGUUCCGGACGCGAUCACGCGAGAUUAGGAGAGGCAGGCGAAACAACCCAAAUGUCACGUUCUUCGAGAAAUUAUCUCGUCGUAUGGACCAAAUAUUCAAGUAUCUAGAUGAUGUACAGGAUGAAUGCUGUCUCAUGUUUCGCUCGGUGGAUGCUGUCGAGGACUCUGCCUCACACGGGGUAGACUGUGGAAAGAUCAUCGCCCUUGUUAUGCUGUCUGUCUUCAAGGGGCAUUCUACCUGUGAAUCUCUGCCCAUGCUCGAUGUUGAAGAAAUCUACCGAACAUAUACAAGUUACUUACAACUCAAAGCUCGAAACGUACCUAGCAAGAGUCUGCUUGUGGACAUGAAUCUCCUUCGUGAAGAGCUAGAGAUAAUCACUAAAAUUGUCUCCAGUCAAUCAAAUAUGAUCGAUGACCUGCGCAUGUCCAGCACCACUUACCAGGAUUAUGGCUCAGAAUAUAAUGACAACAUAAGCACAAGUACGACAGGCUCUGGAAGAAAGAUUUCUGGCAUAUUCAGCAAUGACAAAACGGUUAACAUGUCAACCCGCACGAUUUUGCAGCAGAUCCAGGGUGAACUCGAAGAAAGGCUUGUGAUAUUCGAGGAGUUAACCAAUCGCGUGAAUCGUCUAGAAAUACAGAUUUGUCAACGCGUGGAAAUCAUUGAGGAGGACCAUGGCAAAGCCAUCCUCGUCUUUUCAAUCGUCUCGACAAUUUUCUUGCCCCUUUCCUUUGUCACUAGCUACCUAGGUAUGAAUACUUCUGAUAUCCGCGACAUGGAGCCUAGCCAAGCGCUUUUCUGGGAGGUUGCCGUUCCCUUUACUGUUGCUGUAGUCGCAGCUGUUCUUACAGUCGCGUACAACAUCAACCGAAUUUUUCCGUGGAUAUCGAGAGGUCGAGCCCUUCCAUAAGUCUCAUCUUUCACUAUGCACAUUCACAGGCCUUAAGCCUGUAAGCUAUUCGUCCUUGUUACAUGUGGUUGUUGGAAGUCGCCAUCAUGAUUGUGAGAAUAUUUGCUAUGAAUGUUUCAAUCAUGCUUACCAGCUUUCGUUCUCGACAUGUAUUCUGCGAUACAUGCCAUUAAUGUUCUUUUGCCGAUGAGAAUCGU